UCCCACCGUAUUAUUGUUCCCCCGCCCUCCAGAAGUCCUCAACCCUUUUGCAGUAGCGGGGAUUUAUUUGUCUUUUCUUAUAGUGAGUGAUAACAUGUUAUCGUACUAACUUGAGACAGUAUUGAGGCCGUGUUCUCUCUCUGUUUUAUGGAAAUGAAAGGUGAAAAAGACGCGUUUCCGCUGUGAAAAUUGAGCUUUUAAUUUAGAGACACCGGCCAAGAUUAUGAAGUGUACGUGGAGUCGUAGUCGUGUGUAUUUCGCUCGUGUGCGCUGAAUACACUCACGCGCGUAUGGAUUCAGACGGCAGGAGAGACAGGUGGGACUGGGACAGCCCGCAUUGCAGAGCUCAGCUGGACGAGGUCUUCUUCCGCAAGAAUGACUACAUCCAGACGGGCAGCCCGGAGCACCGGGAGUUCUGGGCUUUCUUUGACCGCUUCCAGAGGUUUAAAACAAAGAAGGACAUGUGUGGGUCGGUCGGAGCCAGGGGGAGAAAUGGUGACAGGGACGAAGAAAGAAAAGUCAAGGGAAAGACUGCAAAGGUAGAUCUGGGCCUUCCUGUGGAGUAUGAUGCUCGCUACAGGAUCAACGUGUCAGUGUGUACAAGAGAUAUUGAGGAGCGAGUUGGUAAGUCAGAGCACAGAAACAGGCAGAGAUCUUCAGGACCGGGGAAUCAGGAGAUCUCGGAUUGCCGCCUGGCUCUACUUCACUUUCUGGACUUCAACCAGAGGCAGAGUUUUGGCAAACUGGCCAAGCUUCGCCGGGAACAGAAGAACCUGCCCAUCUUUCAGUAUCGAGACAAAAUAGUGGAGCUGGUGCGAAUACACCCCGUGGUUGUAGUGGCUGGUGACACGGGCUGUGGGAAAUCCACCCAAGUACCUCAGUAUCUCCUGUCAGCCGGAUUCGACUACAUCGCCUGCACACAGCCUCGACGAAUUGCUUGCAUCUCCCUCGCAAAGAGAGUCAGCUUUGAGAGUCUGAAUCAAUAUGGAUCAAAGGUGGGAUUCCAAAUCCGCUUUGAGACGACACGGACCACAGCCACAAAACUGCUGUUCCUCACCGAGGGGUUGCUCCUGCGACAGAUCCAGCAGGACAGGACUUUGGCCGAGUACCAGGUAGUGAUCGUGGAUGAGGUCCACGAGAGACACCUUCACUGUGACUUCCUUCUCGGGGUCCUGCGCACUCUGGUCGCCGAACGGCCAGACCUGCGUCUCAUCCUGAUGUCAGCCACCAUCAACAUCAAACUUUUCUCCCACUAUUUCAGUAGUGCUCCUGUGCUGCAGGUGCCAGGCAGGCUGUUUCCUAUACAGGUGAUUUACAAGCCCAUUCCUUCUGAAGAACAGGCCUCACGUUCUGAGAAACUGGAUCCCAGACCAUACCUGCGCAUCCUGCAGGGCAUUGACCAACGUUACCCGCCAGAGGAGCGCGGCGACCUGCUCCUCUUCUUAAGCGGCGUGGCAGAGAUUUCUACCAUCCAGGAAGCGUGUCAGGUUUAUGCCACACACACACAACGCUGGAUAGUGUUGCCGCUUCACAGCACGCUCUCUCUGGCUCAGCAGGAUAAGGUAUUUGACAUCUCUCCUCCCGGGGUGAGAAAGUGUAUCAUCUCUACCAAUAUUGCCGAAACCUCAGUGACAAUCGAUGGUGUUCGCUUUGUUUGUGACUCAGGAAAGGUUAAAGAAAUGAGUUUUGAUCCUAAGGCCAAAAUGCAGCGUCUGCAGGAGUUCUGGAUCAGCAGAGCCAGUUCUGAGCAGAGGAAAGGUCGAGCCGGUCGCACGGGUCCUGGAGUGUGUUACCGUCUUUAUGCUGAGUCAGACUACGACGCCUUUGCACCUUAUCCGGUUCCUGAAAUCCACAGAGUGGCUCUGGACUCCCUCAUUCUCCAGAUGAAGAGCAUGGGUCUCGGAGAUCCGAUGUCUUUUGUCUUCAUUGAUCCACCCCCAGCUGCUAGUAUUCAGACUGCAGUAACUUAUCUGAAAGAGCAGGGGGCGCUUGACAGUCAUGGUGAACUGACUUCUAUUGGGACGUUGCUGUCACAGCUUCCUGUGGACGUGGUCAUAGGGAAGAUGCUGGUCCUGGGCUCUUUGUUUAACCUUGUGGAGCCUGUGUUGACUGUGGCAGCAGCCCUCAGCGUUCAGUCACCAUUCCUGCGCAGCUCACAGAACAAUCCAGACUGCGCCACUGCCCGCCAGCCCCUGCACAGCAACCAGGGAGACCCCUUCACCCUGCUCAAUACCUUUAAUGCCUGGGUGGAGGUAAAGGGGGAACGAGGAGGAGGCUCAAGGAAGUGGUGCCGGAGGAGGGGCUUGGAGGAGCAGCGGCUAUAUGAGAUGGUCAACCUACGCAGACAGUUCAGGGACUUGCUGAAGAGCCACAGCCUGCUGGAGUCGGAGAAAAAUGCUGCCUCUGAUGGCGAUCGUGGGCAGCGCAGGAUGAGGCUCACCGAGAGGAAGAAGCUGCAUCAGCUGAAGAGAGAUCACGAGCAGCAAGAGGGCGGCAAACGUAAGGUCCUAAAGCUGGAGGAGGGCCAGGACGGAGACAUGUCUUCAGGAUCAGACACAGAGGAAACGAGCCGGCGCAAGAAGGACAAGGACGGGCCAGGACAGAAUAUGGACAUUCAGGAAGUGAAGUUCAAGUUGCGUCACAACAUAUCUGAGCUGCAGGAGGCGGUCACCGUCAGUCAGGACAUGUCCUCGCGCCACCAGGCCUUACUUAAGCUGCUGCUGUGCCGAGGACUCUACCCUCAGCUGGCGGUGCCCGAUGAACACAACACCAACCGCAAGGACUCAGACCAGGUGUUUCACACAAAGAAUAAGCAGGGAGUGGUGAUGCAUCCAACCAGUGUGUUUGCCAGCGACCCAGAGGUCCUACUUAUCCCAGAUGAUGGUGGCAGCGAAUUGGGGUCCGAUCGUAGGGACAGCAGCAAACAUCAGCUGCUCGCGUUCGUCACUCUGCUCGAGACCAACAAGCCAUAUUUGUCCAACUGUGUGCGAGUUCCAGCGCUGCAGGCCCUGCUGCUGGUUGCCAACUCUAUGGACAGCAACGCUGACUGUGCACGUCUCGUGAUGGACGGCUGGCUGGAGGUGGAGCUGAAGCAGCCCGAGGAGGCGUCGAAGCUGCUCUCCACGGCGCUCUCUCUCCGGGCUGAGUGGGAGCGCCUCCUGCUGGCCCAGCUUGGACAGAGCACAGAGAUGAGAUCAGCAGCCCAGGGCGUGUCCCGUAAAACCAUGGAGAAGCUGAGCGAUCGUCUGGUCCGCUUCCUGCUCUACACUGAGGUCAGUUACAGCCUGCGGCGACUCACAUCUUUCCAGACCCAGAACCUCUACAUCGGGCCUCAGCCUGAGUCUGAGUUUCAGGGCAAACUUCCCGAUCUGAACCCACUGUUUCCAGGAGCAGAUGUCAAGCCACACCCCAUCAAAGGAGGCCUGCAUGUCACCAGCUUCUUCACCUACAACUGUCUAGCUGACUCCAAGGAUUUGUACAGUGAGUGUUUACGCACUUUCUGGAGUUGUCCCAACUGUGACCUUUACAUGCCUCUAACUCCACUGGAGCGCAUGCAGCACGAGGCCUCCUGCAGGCCAGCUGGAGAACAGCAGCAGACGGAGGAAGAGCCUGCAGAGGGAAAGCCCGGCCCGUCGUCGGUGUCCAGUCUCAGCAGAGUUUACCACUGUGACGUCUGUAACAAAGACCUGACCCUCACCUCCACUGAGAUCCUCAAACACAAAAGGCAGCACAAGUAGCUCACACCACUACACGACCACAGUUCUGCUGAGGAUAAACUGAAUCUAUGGAAUCAUUCUUUUUUUCAUAGCAUUUGUGACACUCGCUCUUUCUUCUGUACUUAUAAAACGUUCAAUUAAAUUGCUGUCCCCUGCC